AUGACAAUCUGGAUGACCAUCUACCUCGAGAACUGGAAGCGGCUUAGCUCGCGAGAGACGCUACGCUGGGGCACAGCACACUUUUCAGAGACGGUGAAUCUUCGCCCGCAGUUCUACGGCGAGCGCAUCCCCUCGUUUAUCAAUGGUAUGCCCACGCGAAACUUUCCCCCUCGUGAGAAGCUCAAGCGAGUGGCCUACAGUUGGGUGGUCAUCUCUUUCCUCAUCCUGGUCGUGUUUGUCAUCGUGUCCUCGAUUUUCAUGCUAUCCAACGACCUGACCAAGGGCGACGACUCGGACAAGCUCGUGCUGGAUAAUUACAAGUACGGCUCAAACGUGUCGUCGCUCGCCAACGUUGUCCAGAUCACCCUCAUGACAAAAAUCUACAACUACGUUUCGAUUGUGCUUGUGGAUCAGGAAAACCACCGCACGGAUAUGGAGUACGAGAACAGUCUCAUUAUCAAGACUGUCAUCUUUCAAUUCUUAAACAACUACGCGGGUCUGAUUUACGUGGGGUUCCUGAAAGAAGGAUUCGAAGAUUGCGAUGUGAGCUGCAUGCACGAUCUCGAGUACAUGCUCGCGAUCGUGUUUUGCUCGCGACUGUUUGUGGGAAACAUUGCCGAAGUGGCUGUUCCUCGCCUAUUUGUGUACUUCAGCAGGUACCAGUUACUGGGUCACUUGAAUUACUACAAGCAGUCCGACGCUGAACGAGAAAUCUUUAUGGCGCAGUACGACUGGCACGGUACCUUUGACGACUACACGGAGAUGGCGCUCCAGUUUGGCUUUACGAAAAAAUUUGUCGUGCUGCAAGCGUUUGCAGCGAUCUCCGUGUGUACCAAUGUUAUCAUUUUCACAGGCGACUUCUACAAUCAUCUGGAAAUGCCUACCCGCGUGUGGAUGUUUACAAUCUUCAUCAACGGCAUGUUCCUGUUCAAGUACUUUCUCGAGAUCUGCAUCACCGACGUUCCGGAGGAUGUGAUAGUGCAGAAGUAUCGCCAAGAGUUCCUCAUCAGUAAGUGUCUGUACCACAUGCCUGAUGACGACGUCAGCUGCCCGAUCGGAGACGACUGUGAUGACCUGGCAAAUGAGCUCACUAUUGUCGACGAAGACUCUUCGUGA